AUGGACGCAUACUGCAAAGCAGUUCGACGCUUGGAGGAAAAGUUCAACGACCUUGAGCUUAACCAUGUGUUAAGGAAAUAUAAUGAGGCCGCCGACACGCUCGCUAAGAUGGCGUCUGAGCGGGCCACGGCCCCCCCGGAUGUUUUCAUCAGCGACCUCUACAAGCCUUCUGUCAACUACAAGGACGACGGAGGCUCAGAUCAGCCUCCAAGCGACCCAAGCCCCGACCCCGAGGCCUCCACCGCUCAGGAACAGGAGGCCAUGGACAACGAGUCCGAGCCCCCUGCACCUGACGACUCGCCAGACUGGCGUUACCCCUUGCUGCAACGCCUCGUCGACGGCACAUUGCCCUCCGACCAGGCUGAGGCUCAACGUGUGGCUCGACGAGCCAAGACUUUCGUCCUCCUCGGCGGAGAGAUGUACAAGCACAGCCCCUCGGGCAUUCUUAUGCACUGCAUCCCCCGCCAGGAGGGAAUCAAGCUUCUGAGGAACUUCACCAGGCGAAAGUUCCUGGAGUUCUACGACAUACACCACAUACGUGUGAACUAG